GCAUUGGUUGGCUUGGCAACAGCUACAGUUAGCGUCGGUCUUCACAAACUCGUGUAAUGGAAACAUUUUAAAAGUAUUAUCACUGAAUCAGCUGUUAUUGUCCUCAAAGUGCCAGUGCCAAAGAUUAUAAGCUUUGUUGUUUACGUCACUGAAGAUGAUUGAUUCUGCUAAAACAGUCGUCGCUACAUCCAGCGAUGAGAAUCACCCACCAGAAAACAUCACUGACAGAAACGCUGGGACGUUUUGGGUGACCACCGGCAUGUUUCCUCAGGAGUUCAUCAUUCGCCUUGCCGAUACCACAAACAUUACUGCAGUAACUGUUGACAGCUACAAUGUUAAACAUCUAAAGAUAGAAAAGAACACCUCACCGAAUGCUUCUCAUUUUGAGUUUGUCACAGAAAAAGAGUUAGAUCGUACAGAGGGACAUCUUCAGUCAAAUACUCUAUCGCUGAACGGCAGCAGUGCAACCCACCUUCGAUUUAUCAUCACCUCAGGAUAUGACCACUUUGUGUCAGUGCACAGAGUCAGUGUGCAAACCUGAAACACUUUGUAUGUAUAUAAAUAUGUAUAUGAUGUUAUUUGUUCAUUAAAAUAUGAGUAGAUC